AUGCAUGCAUACAUUCCACAACCAUUCCAUACCCCACCACCACCACCACCGCCGCCGCCGCCCUACCCCACACCACCACCACCACCACCACCACCACCCCAUCACAAACCCGGCUUCGGUGCUAUUUGGCCCGUGGACAGCAUCCCGCCCGGUACAGCAGGCCCGGGCAUUAAAUGGAUGUUCCGAGAUGGCAUGGGGGGGGGGUCUUGGUGGUGGUACAGGGUGGUUGUUGAGCUUGCAAUUGAUGGAGAUGGAUCCCAUGUUCGGCCUCUGAGACUAUCGGUCUUCAAGAGUUGA